AUGUUUCGUCUCCUUUUCUCUGGUGGAGCUUUGGACUCAAUUUUUGAUUUAAUUGCAUUCAUAUUAGGAGUAGAAGUUAAAACUAAAGAGCUUCGCAAUUCUCAGGGUUAUUGUACUGAUAAUGAAUGCUUUCAGGAAUUUCCAGGACCUCAGAAUGUACAACCACACAGUGGAGAUUUUAACUUUUUGCUUUUUCUCAUGGGAUGGAUGGUACUGGCAUUGGCAUUGUAUUUUCUUCGACCAAAAUCUUUGAAAAAUAGAGGCGAUACGAAACCUUCUAAUCAGGGUCCACGUAAUCCACCACCUCCUGAGACUGGCGUUCAUUAAUUAUUUUUAUGGUCCGCAUGGAAUAGUUUAAAGAUGUGGAAAAUAUAACAGACUUUCAUCUUUCCAUCUUUUACUGAGCAACUGCAUCACAUGACUGCCUAUCUUAUAUCAGAAUCAUAUGAAAAAAGUAUUUUUAAGAUCUUUUUAUUAUUAUUGAAAAAGAUUUGGCAAAUGUAAAUAACAUUAACCAAAUCUUUUGGCAUUUAUUUGGUCUAUAAAUUGUGCAAUUUAAAACUGUAUAUAAAUAUAUUUGACAAAAUAAGAAAGAAUUUUAAAAUUUUUCUGUUAUAUUAAAAUUCUACAAUAAAUCUAACUUUUAAUUGGAGGGUUUUUUUUUUUGAAUUGAGAAAUAUCUUGCAUAAGGUACCUUUAUUUUCAUAUCUUUUUAAGCUAUUUAAUGUAAUCAUAUUAUAUUUUAAGAAGUUAUUUAUUACAAUGGUAGUUCUUAUUGUAAUAUGAAUAAAUACAUAACUGCUUAAACUAUGUGUUUACUUUCUAUUAAAAUUCAUAUUUUAUUUAUAACAGUCACUAGGCAUUUAAAUUUUAAAUAGGGAACAAUGAAAAUAUGAGUAAAUUCUUAUAGCAAAAACUUUCUAAGUUUUUUCAGAGUUUAUUAAUGGAAUUGAUGAAACUAGUUCUUCUAGUCUACAAACCUAUAUGUGAAGUGAAAUAAGCCAGAAUUAGUAUUAAUAACUACUAUUAGCAUAAAAAAAGGCAUUUAAAACAAUAUGGCACUAAUAUUUUAUAAAGUGAAUGUUUGAAAGGAAUUCCUUUCAGUUUAGUCAUCAGCACUGCUUGAUUCUCUUGAGAUAAUGCCUAAAUUUUGCAUUUCUCAGUCAUGGAUAUAAGACAGUACACGUGGAUGAGCUCAACAAAUUUAUUGCCUUUGCUGUGCAUUUUAUAGAAUGCAAUUGUAAAUAUUACAACAAACCUUCACCACCAACCAGCAUAUAAAUGUACAAUUUUAUCUGGGGAAAAAUGAAAAAUAAAAAGGUUUGUAAUGUAAUAUAUCUAUUUUGUACAUAAUUGAUUUGUAAAUGUCAUAUUAAAAAUAUAUAAUAUAUAUAUAUAUAUAUAUAAAUAAAUGUGUAAACUAUAUGUAAAAUUGCUUUAGAAAUAAAUGCUUAUUUGUACAUUGAAAAUUCUUCCAAAUAUGGAUGAUAAUGAUUUAAAAUAAGUUCUAUAUAGGGAAGGUUUAAUGCAUUGUUUGUGUUUCUGCAUAAAUGAAAUCUUAAGAAAUAUGUAAAUAUAAAAAUAUAUAAUGAAUGUAUAAAUUUAUUUCUUGAAAUUAAUAUAUUCCAUUUAUGACUUAUUUGUGCACUGUAGAAUUCAAUUACUUUAAUAAAAAUUGGGAUUUGAA